AAAGAUGGCAGCCCCCAUAGAGGUUACAGGUUACGCCGGUUGGCCUACCGUGUCAUAAGUCGGUAUCGCCUAAUCGGGACAAACUCUCAAACACGAUGUAUUCAACUAGUGUGCAGUUCUUACAUCGCACCCUUAUCAGCGGAUAUGCAAGUUGUCCCUUCGUUCCGCGGUACAAUCAAUGUAUUCAUCAUGGAAGACAAUUUUUUCAGUGCAAAAGAAAUGCCAAACAAUGGGCAGCUAGAUAUGCUAGAUUGCACAACAGAUCCGAGUCAAAUAAACUCUUACCUCAAGGAUUCUCACCAAAGUCACAACGAUCCAUUUCCACUGGACAUAGAACAUUUUAUAUCAAUAUAAGUACCCUAGUAAGGAAGAGACUGUUUGAUAUCAAAGAAAGCCAUGUGAAUUGUAUAGUAGGAUUAGCCUCACUUACAGGAUAUGUGACUUGGACUCUGAAGAAUACAAAAGCUUACUGUAAAGCCAAAAAUCAGAAAUCACGUUUGAUCGGCUCCAGGAACAUUGACAAGUCAUGUGAACAACCAGAUUUUGAUUGGAAGACAUUUUUCCAGUUAUUACGUCCAGACCUGUUGUAUCUUAUUUCAGCUGUUGUGUGUGCUGUUGCUGCAGCUAUAGUUAAUAUCCAGAUUCCCUUGGUGCUGGGAGAGAUUGUCAACAUAGUGUCUUCCUUCACACAGGAUGUAGCCAGGGACUUUAUACAUGAAGUCCGUCAGCCAGUCAUCAAAAUGAUAGGAUAUUAUGCAGUACAGAGUGUCCUGACCUGUACCUACCUGUCGUUACUGUCUACGGUGGGAGAAAACAUGGCAGCCAGAAUGAGGACAUGUCUCUUUGAUUCCAUUCUUAGACAAGACAUCGAGUUUUUUGACAAACAUAAGACAGGAGAGCUGGUUGACAGGUUAACCUCUGACAUUCAAGACUUUAAAAGUUCCUUCAAGCUGUGUAUAUCUCAAGGCCUAAAAGCCAGUACUCAGGCAUUAGGGUGUGUGGGCUCCAUGUUUGUUAUAUCACCAAAAUUGACAGUCGCCAUGGUAACUAUCCUGCCUGCCAUUGUGGGUGUGGGUACACUGAUGGGAUCAGGUCUGAGGUCAAUGUCAAGGUCAGCCCAGGAGCAGCUGGCCAAAUCAACAGCAUUGGCAGAUGAGGCUAUUGGUAAUGUCCGGACAGUUCGAGCCUUUGCCAUGGAGGAGAAAGAAAAUGAGCUAUACUCAAAUGAAGUUGAAAAAGCACGAUGUCUCAAUAUCAAACUUGGAUUUGGUAUAGGGACAUUCCAGGGACUAGCAAACUUUGCACUUAAUGGUAUUGUUCUAGGAACCUUAUUUACUGGUGGAUGGUUAAUGUCACGACAGGAAAUCACAGCCGGUAACCUCAUGUCAUUUCUGGUGGCCUCUCAAACCAUUGAAAGGUCCCUUGCACAGAUGUCGCUGCUGUUUGGCAAUGUUGUACGGGGGAUGAGUGCUGGAGCAAGAGUAUUUGAGUUUAUCAACACAGUUCCAUCCAUUCCCCUGAAAGGUGGUAAGAAGAUUGCUUUCCACAGUCUCAUGGGUAAUGUAGAGUUUGAGGAUGUCAGCUUCUCCUAUCCUACCAGGAGGGAACAGACUGUCCUGAAGGACUUCAAUCUGACGAUUAAGUCUGGAUCUGUGGUCGCUCUUGUUGGACUCUCUGGAGGAGGCAAGUCUACGGUGGCGGUAUUGUUGGAGCGUUUCUAUGAUAUUCAGAAAGGGAAGAUAACUAUUGAUGGAUAUGACCUGAAGGAUAUGGAUCCGACCUGGCUCCGCGGCAGGGCCUUAGGUUACAUCAACCAGGAACCAGUCCUGUUUGCAACUUCAGUCAUGGAGAACAUCCGAUAUGGAAAGCCAGAAGCUUCCGAUAUAGAGGUGAUAGAGGCUGCCACCCUGGCAAACGCCCAUGACUUCAUCAGCCAGUUCCCAGAGGGUUAUAACACGGUCCUGGGGGAGAGAGGUGUUACAGUGUCAGGGGGACAGAAACAGAGGAUAGCCAUCGCACGAGCUCUCAUCAAAAACCCCUCAAUCCUGAUCCUGGACGAGGCCACCAGUGCCUUGGAUGCCGAGUCAGAAAGAAUUGUCCAGGAGGCCCUUGAUAAAGUCAUCAAAGGCCGGACCACACUUGUGAUUGCUCAUCGACUUAGUACUAUCAGGGAUGCUGAUGUGAUAGCUGUCGUAUCUGGUGGGAAAAUUGUGGAGAUGGGGGACCAUACAAGUCUGAAAAAGAAAAAGGGUCUGUACUGGGAGCUUAUACGACAACAGGAGAUCGAGGAGGAGAUCAACGAGUUCCAGAAAUAUUCACAUUUCUAGGUCAACAUCUUCCAAAAAUACUGGCCUUUCUUGAUCAAUGAGUUCCAAAAAUAAUGGCCUUUCUCGAUCGAUGAGUUCCAGAAAUACAUAUGUACUGGCCUUCUUGAUUAACAAGUUCCAGUAUUGCUUUUGUAGAUCAACAACAUUCAGUACUUUCCUACUUUAAGUUGGGAUGUACUUCCAAUCUAGAUAAAAGGUUAAAACAUCCUCAGGAUCUGAUACAGAAGUAAUAAGAGAAAUAGUUUUUGUUAGAGACUGAAAACAUUCAUCCUCCAAUGAAAAUUGUGAUACACCAGUCCUAGAAUGAAUGCUGUGUUUAAUUUAGUGGUACUGUGAAUGAUAACGUGUUUGGAUAAAAUAUUUAAGCUGUCGUGAAUGAUAUGGAUUUGUAUACAUGUAUAUUAUUAAGCUACCUGUGAUUGACAGAAAAAUGUUCUGCUUUAGUCUGGUUUUAUAUGAUAUGAUUCACUUGGGAGGUAAUUCAAUAGAGUAUAUGAAGUCUUAUAAAGAACUCAAAGGACAUUUGUAUCAAAUGUGAAAUAAAAUAAUGAUUUUGCU